UUACUGUAAGAGUCUCAGUCUCAGUCGAGCUGGUGUGUGUGUGUGUGUGUGUGUGUGAUGAUCUGCUUCAGCAUGAGGACUCUUUCUGUCGGCUUUCUCCUGCUGCUGUCUGUCUGGAGCGUGUAUGUACGGGCUGACAGCAGGGGGAUACGACAGAAGCGCGCAUGGAUCAUUGAUUCGUUUAGUAUUGAGGAAGAAUAUUCUGGUACGUUUCCAUAUAAGCUAGGCAAGGUUGAGCUCGAUAGGUCUUAUUUAGUACAUUUGGAACUACAUGGUCAGGGUAUGGAUAAAGAUCCAAAGGGUGUUCUCCGCAUUACAGAUACGGGUGAAAUUUUUGUACUUAGAAAGGUGGACUAUGAAACGGAUAUUAACAUUCUCCAUCUGAAAUUUGAAGCAAGAAAUCAAUCCAACUAUGAAGUGGUUACAAAACUUGGGCUUCAGAUUCAAAUAUUGGACAUAAAUGACCACGCACCAGAAUUUCAACCAUCAUCGGUCUAUGAAGUGUCUGUUGAUGAGUCACUUGCUCAAGGUAAAGAAAUAACAACAGUAAAGGCAGUUGAUCAGGAUGAUUCAAGUACAGACAACGGAACAUUUGUUUUCACAAUCAAGUCUGUCACACCAAAGACAGAUAAUGUUGAAUUUUAUAUUCAGCAGCAAAAAGAAUCCGGGACAAUUUAUUUUAAGGGUUGCUUGGACUAUGAGAAAGCUCAGAAAUAUACGAUCCUUGUUGAAGCAAAGGACAAAGGGGAAAAGAUACAGCUCUCAAGUACAAGUACACUGAUAAUCAAUAUUUCAGACAAUAACAACAAUCUUCCAGAGUUCUCUGGCAAAACAGGACCAGGGAAGGUCAAGGAGAGAGAAACUGGGGUUGAAGUUCUGCGACUGCAGGUAACAGACAAAGACGUCCGUGGUUCGAAAGCUUGGAAAGCCAAAUACACAAUCCAUGAAGAUAAAAAAGAAAUAUUCAAAAUAGAAACGGACCCCGUUACAAACGAAGGGAUUUUAACAGUCAUUAAGGUAAGAAGAUGGUUGAUACUUUAUUCUCAAACCGACUACGAGGAGCAAACAAAUCACAAUCUGUCCAUCAGUGUGCAGAAUGAAAUUCCUUAUUUUUCCUGCAAGAUUAAAAAUAAAGUACCAAAUGCCAUGUGGGUGCUCGACAAAAUACCCCAAAGCUCUGAGAUGAGUGCUGGAAACCUCUAUAACCGUAUUCCAGUGACCAUUUACGUAGAAGAUGUCAAUGACCCUCCAGUGUUUAUACCCCCUGUGAAACACGUCGUGGUAAUGGAGAACAUUGAUGUAGGAACAAGUCUUACAACCUUCACCGCUAAAGACAUGGAUGGAAGCCACGUAAACACAUUUAAAUUUGUUAAAGGUGAAGAUAUUGAUAAAUGGAUAACUAUUGAUGCAAAGACUGGAAAAGUAUCCACAAUUAAAAUUCUGGACAGAGAGUCACCAUUUGUGAAAAACGCCACCUAUACGGCAACCCUGUAUGCUGUGGAUGAAGGUGUCCCUCCGCUGACAGGCACUGGAACUCUAGUCAUUCACCUGAACGAUCAAAAUGAUAACGUACCAAUAUUGGAAAAAAAUGUAGUCACUAUUUGUAUAGAUAAAGAGCCCACACUGGUCAACAUCACAGCAGUAGACCUGGACUUUCCUCCAUAUGGAUCACCUUUCUACUAUGAGCUUUUAGGAGAUGUCCUGGACAAAUGGAUGAUUGAACCAGUGUACGGCACAACAGUGAGUCUCGUUAAAGAAAAACAUGUUUAUUCAGGCCAUCACCUCCUCCAGAUCAAGAUAUCAGACCAGCAGGGACUGUACUCCAUCCAGAACCUGACGGUCACGGUGUGUGACUGCUCUGUCACUCCUAACUGUCACGUCAGGAUGGUCUCGCAGGCUCGGAUGGGGCCUGUUGCUGCCUGGAUGGUUAUUCUUGCGAUUCUUAUUCUUACAGCAGUGUGCUUAAUGAGUCUAACAAUAUCCUGCAAGGCAGAGAAAAUAAUUAUUAUGAUGGAUGAUGGGAUCGGUCAUCUCAUCACAACAAAUACAGAAAAUCCAGGAACAGACUGCACGGUGAUGUAUAAAGGACAGCAGGCUGUUUCACAGACUCCAUCAUCGCUCUACAACGAGCAGAUGUUCAACCGCUCUACCUAUAGAAAUUCCACAAGUCGUUCAUACAGAAAAAAUUUUCAGCAAUCAAGCGUCAGAUCAAGCGUUAGAAGCAAUUAUUCCUACAACAUCAAUGCAUCUUACCUCACAGGACUCAUCAACCAGAAAGUACUUGCUCUCCAAACCCGUGAUGAGGAACAUGGUAUUUACGAACCGCACUGUUACACAGAUGAAGGACAGCCUAUGGCCAGAGAUGAACUGGAUGCAAUAUCCAUUUCUGAGGAUGACUUUCAUCCAGACAUGCUUAAAAAUCUGGACAGCAGGUUCUGUCAGUUAGCAACAAUCUCCAGACCUGACCUGAUGAAGAGGUGACGGUUAUCUCAGAAAGCGUAGCCUAACUAUAAAUAUUUAGGACAAAAUGCUACAUUUUUACUACAGUUCUACAGUUGAUUUGCUGAGUGUAAAGAUCUAAAGAAUUAAAAGUUUUAGGUGAACUCAGGUUUAUUUGCUUUUGUUCUGUUGAUUUUGAUGUAUUUUUUUGUAGGCUGAUGUGUUCGUGUUGAAUGAUUUUAAGACAUUUAAUACAAAUAUAAUGGUGUUUUAAGUUGCUUAUAUGCGAGUUUGAAGAAAAUGUCUUUUUUUGACUGCAUCCUGUGCCGUAUCUGGAUCUGUUUUUUAACCUUCACUGUAAAAAUCUUACUUUUAAAUUUUUUUAUUAAUUGUACACAGAUGUGUGGGAAUCAAUGAAUUUUGAAUAAAACUCUACUAAAGCAUAA